CUCGGGGGCGCCACUGAGCAUGGUUGUAUUAAACCUCCGCGGAGCCUACACCACAACGGAAUCACAGUAAAAAAUUGAAAAUCGAACGAAAAAAAAAACCCUCUCAAUUCCCGCCUUCGAUUUUUGAUUCAAACUUUUUUUUUAACAAAAGUGCGUUCCGUUUUACCUCAGUGAUUUUUUUUGUAAUUUUAAAAUUAAUCUGAGUAUUUUUUAUUGGUAUUAGCGUAAGAUGUGCGUUUUAUGAGUGUAACAGUCGACGGCGAGGGACGUUUUGGCCGUGUCGUGUAUUACGUAACUGUUCCGGGGAAAAUCGAUACCCUGGGCGUAUAAAUAGCGGCGUGAGGUUGACACAGCUGGCCAGUCGCCAGCAUCAUGCAGCCUUCGAGGAUGAGAAGACCCCGCCGGCACCGAUGGCUGACCGUAUCGGUCUUCUUCAUCGCGUACUCGGUCUUCCAAGCAGUAUACAGCCCGUCGAACGCUUCGGAACCUAUCAACAAGGCUGAAGAGGUUGUUUUCGGACCCUCGGAGAAACCUGAAGUUACGCCUAAACAGGGGACUACUAUUGAAGACAAGCCGAUAUCUGCCGCGCCGAGUACACCAGCCACGAAUAAGGACAAAGUGGACGAGGCACCUCCGGAGGGCGGCAAGAAAGGCAUGAAAGGCCUCGAGGAAGAUGACGAACCGGAUAAGAAGGGACAGAAGGAUGCCGGAUAUGUUGAGGACAGCGAAACGGAUGAGAUGAGAGAAGAGGAAAGGUCUAACUGGAAAUCGAACCCAACCGUCAAACCUUUACGUGUCAACUGUUCACCACCUGCUAUUGAACAGUUCCCAAAACCCCUGAUGGGUCAGAACGCUCGCAAGCACGGCGGUCUGAUCGUGCACAUCCUGGUAGCAGUGUUCACAUUCAUCGGGCUGGCCAUCGUCUGUGAUGAGUACUUCGUCUCCAGUCUUGAUAGGAUCUGUGAAGAGUUGAAGUUGGCCCCUGACGUGGCGGGCGCUACGUUCAUGGCGGCCGGCAGCUCGGCGCCUGAACUCGCUACUGUCGUCAUUGGAGUCUUCUGUGCACAGGAUGAUAUUGGAGUAUCAGGAGUAAUCGGGUCGGCAGUAUUCAACAUAAUGUUCGUGAUCUCGGUCUGCGCCCUGUGCGCCGGCACGGUGUCGCACCUCAACUGGUGGCCGCUGUGUCGUGACUGCUUUUUCUAUGCCAUCUCUAUACUCGUCAUGCUGUGUACGAUUGCUAAUUCUAUUGUUUCUUGGCCAGAAGCCCUAUUCAUGUUGAUAAUGUAUGGCGUCUACUGCGUCGCGUUACGAUUCAACACCGCACUCGAGCGCUGGGCCAUGACGCUGCCGCUGCCAUUCAAACUACCCACUAGGGAAGAACAAGCUGCUUUGGUUACAUACAGGAGUGCGGGUGGUCAGCCUCCCGCGCCGGCUGCGGGAGACAGCACUUAUGCGCAAAUGGACGGACAGACCAAGGAAACGCCACUACAGGAUUCACCGUACAACCCGGACGGCGCGUACGACAACGCGGCGUACAACGCGGAGCCCACGCCCGCCUGGGACCCCAACCACGAGUGGGACCCCAACCGAGCCUGGGACGAUACUAUGCAAGCCCCAAUCUACAACGCUCAGAUGGUAGGGCAGCAGCAGCAACAACAACAACAGCAACAGUCGGCAACAGGCCAGCAACAGCAGCAGCAACAGCCACAGGAUCAACAACAACAACCCGUACAGCCGGCUGCACCAGCUUACUACAAAGCUAAGGAGUACAACCCUGAGACUGCUGUCGAUCCUCUCGUCAAACCCAUCGGGGCCAAUCACUUCCAACUAGCGUGGUGGUACCUAGUGUUCCCGAUCCACUGGUCGUGCCGCCACACGAUGCCCGACUGCCGCGGCCGCUGGUACCCCGUCACCUUCAUCAUCAGCAUGCUGUGGAUCUCCUUCUACUCCUACUUCAUGGUCUGGAUGAUUACUAUCAUUGGCUACACGCUGGGCAUCCCGGACACGGUGAUGGGGCUGACGUUCGUGGCGGCCGGCGUGUCCGUGCCCGACGCGCUCUCCUCGCUCGCCGUCAUCAAGGAGGGUUAUGGAGACAUGGCGGUAUCGAACGCAGUGGGCUCCAAUGUGUUUGACAUCCUGGUGUGCCUCGGCCUGCCCUGGUUCAUUCAGACCGCCAUCAUCCACCCGGGGUCACAUGUCAACGUUUAUCAUAAAGGAUUGAUCUACUCAACGCUGUCUCUAUUCUCCACCGUGAUCUUCCUGGUGGUGGCCACCCACGCAAACGGCUGGAAGCUGGACCGCAAGUACGGAGCAGUACUGAUGAUAUGGUACAUACUCUUCAUCACUCUCGCCAGUCUCUACGAGCUCAACGUCUUCGGAUACUACACGCAUCCCGAUUGUGUCUCUAGCUAUUAAAUUAUUUCAACUGGCAACAUUCUCUUUUGACGUUUCUUUUUGGCGCGCUUGUCAACUGUCAAAUGACAAAUGUGACUGGUGACGUUUGUGUUUUGACAGUUGAUAGGAUAAUGUGGAUACGGGUUUUGUGUUUAAAAUGCACUUACAUUUUUUCCUGUUUGUAAAGAUUAAGCCAUUUUAUUAACAUUAUAAUAAGUUCAAAGAUUAAGUUUUAGUUGAUUUGUGUUAAGGAUUUGUAGAUAUUUGUAUUUAUUAGUAGGGUAGUAAGGUUUGUAUUUAUUAGUGACUGUAUUUAUUAUUUUCUUUAUACGUUCUUCAAUCUCAAAUAAACGGCCGGCCUAUGUUUAAUGAAUUAAACAUAUUAUUUUACUAUACACAUACUAGUUAAGUUUUGUAAAAACGCUAUUGUCUUAUGAUUAAAGAGCAUCGAUGUUAGUUUCAGUACUUUGUAAACGAAAUAAUUAUAUUACUCUUUAGGACUUAAUUGGUCUUAAGUAAAAUGGUCACCGACUUUCACAAUAGAAAUGCUAGAAUUGAUUUUUCGAUAAUAUUAAGCGGUUUCAUAGUUUGAACGUCUGUUUCCGUUAAGGCAUGCUUCAAUUGAUAGAAUGAGUGCGUUUUUUUGUAAAAUGCUUUUGUUAUCAGAAAUGUUUGUCAGUAAUUUUACCGAAAUAUUGUCUUAAAAUCAAAAUUUUUGUGGUAAAAUUACUCUCGAAUGUGCGCUAUUUCAUAAUGUAAAGGUUUUAAAUAGUUUCUUUUUUGUAAAUAGCUUUGUGAGGCACUGGUGUUGCUUGCGCACAAAUUGCUGUUUUCUACCAUUGCAUUUGUGAAAUUUUCAUUUCUCUGUGUUUGUAAUAUUGGCUAAGCAAAAUAGGAAAGGUUGAAAUAAAUAACAACUAUCUCGUUAGCAAGUUUAUUAAACAAUGCAAAGUGGCGAUUAUGAUCCUACGCUAAGAUUUGAAGUUAAGAACUUAACGCAAAUCCAUGCAUACUCUUACUAUAACUUAUUAUUUAUAUCUAUGGCGUAUUGUCUGUGUAAAUGUGACGAAGCAAGAAAGAAUUAUUCGCUUUAAUGUAUAAAUAUCUUAUGAAUAUUUGCAUAGUUUUAGACAAAUUACAUUUUGGAACGUAUCUAGUCGCGUAUUGUAAUGUCUACUAUAAAUAAGAUAUUUUUGUUUGUGAUAUUAUUUUUAAAACCAAAAUGACUUAGUCACUUUCUGAAUAAUGUAUAUUUAGUCUAAAUCAUUAGUUAGUUUGAAUAUAAUUUUGUAUAGUAGAUUUUUAUCACAAAACAUCGAUGUUUGACGAAUUACUACAAUAGUUAUGUGAGAAAGUUUAAUUUUUUAUUGAAUUUUGUACUUUUACUACAGCGAUUCAUAAUAGUGGCAGGAAGUAGAUAAUUUUGUGUAAAUAGUUUUUACUCGAACUAGUUUCUAUCCCCCGAUCUUCCACACGAUAUCUUUAUAUUUUAAUUCCCAUAUUUACCCUAUUUAUUUUAUAAACAGUAUUUUGUAUAGGGUUCCUAAAUAGUAAAUGCCUAAAUUAAUAUAUCCAAAUUAUACUAAAUGUACGUAACUCGACAAUUAUAUUAAUAUAACAUAUUUGUUAGCUUAAAGCCUUACCCUCGUUAGGUAGUAUCAAAAUGUAUGAUCCGCUGAAAUCUCCCAUCUUCCAAAGAUCUGUUCCAUUUCCCAUCUUCCAUGAUGAUUAAAAUACCUCAGCAUCUUCUUCUUCCUUUGAAACUAAAUCACUAUAUCCCAUUCCAACUCUGUGAUCUCUUUAGCGAUAAUACUUAAAAUUAAUAUGUGUCUAUAUUAAGAAGAUUAGCUGUUUUUAUUAGUUAAGAACUUUUUGCACCACUCGAAGGUGUUAACUGAAAGGAUGCAUGCCUAUUGAGGCAGGAAACAGAAAAAAAAACUUACUUAAAACUUUGCUAGACAUUCCAAAGUAAAAAAAAAAACAACCCACAGCGCGUGUAGUUUUAGAAAAAUAACAGUUUUUAUACUUACAACAUCGGCUGAUACGUCAGUCAGUAAUCCCUAAGUAAAAUGCGUUCACAUUAGAAUAAGGAAUAACUUAAUCACUUUAGCUUAAGUUAGACCAAAAAGAGCCUUAACAUCGCUCAAAGUAUCACUCGCGACGUAUAUUUAACGCAUUUAGUCUGUAAUUAUGUCCCAACAGUAUUAGCAAAGCUGGAGAAUAGGAAUUGUGAAUGAACAAAUGAUUGAAAAUCAUUUUAUUCCAGCAAAAUCCCUUACUGACUAAAUAUUAGUCGGACACAAUUCCUCGAAUAUGUGUACAGAUUCUUCUCACAUAUUGAGAUACUGCCUCAGAUAUAAUAAUAAAAAAAAAACGGACAUCUGAUCAUAAUUCUGCAAUGACUGCAAUAUUCUCUAGUUGGAUGAAGGCGUAUCCCUAUUUAGAUCAACGUACCGCCGAUACGUCAAAACUAAAACGUGGUAACCAAAUAUCAAGAAAAUGUUUUAUAAUACUAGGCACACAAGUAGGUACAUUAAAUAAAUUAAAAACAUAAAUUCACAUACAUGUACCAACCUAGUCAUCGUCAAUUAAAUACUUCGUUGUCUAACAUGUAUUGGCAAAUAUUCUUUCGACAAUAAUCGCUAUUGGCUUCACUUAAUAUUCGAUGUGUUGCUAUUGUUAAAAUAAGAGGGCUGUAUUAUGCAUCGCUUCUGACUUUGAUGCCGAUAAAAUCAUUGGUGGAGUUCCUAAAUUGAAGGAAUAGCAUGCAAACAUUUAAAAGAAAGCAUUUACCGAUUACGUGAAUUUCCUAUUCGUUGCGCUACAAGUAGAUCUCUCCUUGUAUGCAAUAUUUCCUAUUUUGCAUUCUUAUACUAUUGGCAAACUUGUAUAAAUCAAAUAAAUAAAUAAAUUAAACAAAAACAGUUCUAAAUUUAUAAAAAAUACGCAUCAAUUAUAAAUGUCAAUUUGAUGUUGAAUUCAAUUAAAUAGCUAUUAAGUAUAAGUAAUUGUAUAACUAUUUCCAAUUUCCAUCUGUGUUUUACAUUUUGGAGAAUUGGUAGAUAAACGAAUGUAAUGCUACGUGCUAAUAUUUAAAAGCCUAUCUAAGUUUGUAUACUUAGAUUACCUAAACCUAUUCUCAUUAAAUACCUAUUUAUGAUAAAAAAGGCAACGCCUAGAAAGUAAUCGUUUAAACGUAAAAAUAAACGUUAUAUUUAAAAGACCUAAAAUGUAAAUAGUAGUGGACCAUCAUAGAACAUGUAUUUUUAAACUAUUUAUAAUAAUAUAAUGCUGCCGUAUAAUUUCUUUCUGUUUUAUAGCUAAUUAUAUCAUGUUUAUGUAGUUGCAGAAGCUUUAUUCAUAUCAGUAAUUUAGGUACGUAGUUUGGCAAGGUAAGCUUGUACACUUUAGUCUUGAAAUGAUAAUUUUGCAAUAUAGGUACACCGUUGUUUACAAAAUACAUGAAAGUACAGUAUGCAUUUUGAAGAAUGGCAAAGUUUUGGGAAUCGAAAUUACAAGAUUGUUGUGAUAGCUGAAAAUCCUGUAUAUAGCCUGUAAUAAUAAAAGUGAGAAGAACAGCAAAGAUAUUGCGAGACUAUUAGUAAAUCGUGAAUAGCAUCACCACCGAAGCGUAGAAAAAUGACGAGGAUUUGAAAUACAUUCUGCACCAAGUAAAAUCUGUAAUGGUGAAGCAUGAUAUCGAUGCACAUCGCAGCUAAAUUGAUGAAUUUGUAGCAAUCAAUAGAAAUUAGACCCAAAUACAAUUUGCUAAAAGUUAGAAUGGUAACAUAAAAAGUAAUUAAAAUAGCACUGAUAAUGAUAAAGUAAACAGUAGCAUAGCAACGUAAUAAUGCUAGAUCGACACAGCAAGACUUACAUGGGUCCUAGGCUCUAGCUAGCGUUAAAAUUAAGAUCACAAGGCUUUGAGAUGGCAUCCCUGUUAGUUGCUAAUCAAUUGCUGUUAAGACAAUCAACGUAAUUGUAUGUACUUAAUUUUUUUUUCUAAAGUAUUGAGAGUCUUGAACGCUUUUAUAAAAAAAAAACAAUUUGUGAAACAUACCACUUAUUAAAAGGAACAUGAAUACUGAGUUUGUUCUCACUCUCAAGAAUGGAAGAAACGCAACAGCAAUUGAUUAGCAAUUAAAGUUCAAUAUUAAACUAUUGACGCAAAAUAGUUCACUCUACAUGUAGGUAGUAAAAUGCUAAAUCACAAGUCAUUUCGCAAUUGUUUCUAUAAGUGACUAUUUCAUAUUUUAAGUUAGUUACCAGGUUUUGAAAGUGAGUUGCAGAUUCAUUGGAGAAAACUAUCUCACGCGCUAUGGACUUCAUAAUUUUUCAUCAGCGUGCAACUUUAUGCUAGAGUGAACUAUUUCAUAAAAUUUUAAGGUUUUAUAUCAAUGUAAUUUUCACACAACGCGUAAUUUUACCAGUAAUGUCAUCGUUCGAUAACUACCCAUAGUAUAUGUAGAUCACCUUGCUAGGAAGUUUAUACUCGUAGUCUAUCAUAGCCUUUUCACCUGUUAAUGUAUUCAAAAGAGAUUUUAUUAUUUUGAAAUGUCAAAAUCUUAACAACUUGAAAGGUCCAUGCGUGCUCUGUAGUCUAGCUAUGUGUGGUUCAGAUUAUAACUUGGAUGAUUCUAAUACUUAAUUACAUUUGUGCUCCUCAAAAGUAGCCUUACUUAAAUAGAUAAGGCACGAUCUCUUCACGUACAUAGUAUAUUUUAAUGGGUGUGAACCUAUUUAUUACAAUUCACAAGGUCCACAUAAAAUGUAACUUUUGGUGUCUAUAUUCCUUUGUCAUUUUAAGAUAAUCUAGAAGUAGUUUGCAUCUGCAAGAUUUUUUUGACGCUCGGUGUGACCAAGUAAUCUAGUGUAACCACUUUAGGUAAUUUUUCAUUUUAACAAUAGCUCAUAACGUACCUGUUUUAAUAAUUAAGUUGCAUUUACCUAUAAUCGUGUAUGUUUUCUAUGAUGCAAAUGAAUCUUUUUUAGUGUUACUAUCAGUAUUAGAUACCUACGUACCUAUCCUCGUUAUGCUGUUUAAAUCGGUGUUUUUCUCGAAUGUUACGACUUAGAAUAGGUGUUCUGUACAUAGCCAGUGACGGCUAAUAACAAUUAUGUGAAAAUUUAUUGUUAAUUACUGUAAGUUAUAUGACAAUGUUGAAUAAAGUGUAAAAUGUA